AUGAACCAAAUCAAGACCGGGGAGGACCUAUGCCAUAGAUAUGUCUCCAUCGUCGUGAUAUUUCGAGGGUUAUUCCAGAUGCUCGUGGCAUUUGACAGGGUUUCCCGCAACGAUCCUGUGGAGUUCGAUCUCGGCAGAGCAUCAAAUUCCGGGGCAGCAACUACGUUGUGCUUUUCAAAUAGCAAUAUGCGCGGCAAGAUAAUCAGGUUGACAAUGCAGGUGAUUCCAAGUGAGUACUCCAAGUACGGUGGAGACCAAGCGGUCGUCGUCGGGUUGAUGGAGAGUAAUGACCACAGGGUCAAGGCAUAUGGUGGGAUGAAAGAGGCGAAACGUGAUACCUUUGGUAAGGCCAGGGCAACGAUGGUGAGUUUGACGGCCAAAACGAGCAAUAGGUAUGGCUUCCAAGCCUCGAAAGUUCAGAAUCAGGAAUAUGAAUACGAAGGUUCCACUGUCCGUUUUCGAGUAAUAGUAGAUAGAUGCUUUGCUCCAAAGUCAUUUGGGUCGGCUUAUGGGAAGUGGCGUGGAAGAGAUCUACGGGCACUGCAAGUGACGAUCAAUACCUGGACUGAUGUCAUUCGGGGACUGCCAUGCUAUUGA